AUGACUGUUCAGUACAACUUGGAUGUGUCAACUUCUCGGCCUUGGACCUUAUUCAAACUUUUAUUCCGGUGGCGCGGAAGUAUUUGGAAAUCAGUGACUCUCGAAUUAUUUGUUUGGUUGUUGUUAUUUGCCGUAAUAUCAUUGAUAUACCGCGUUGCUUUAAGCAAUGAACAAGUUAGUACAUUCGAGCAGUUCGUACAUUACUGCGAUGAGAAAUUGGAUUACAUUCCAUUGAAUUUUAUGCUUGGAUUUUUUGUUACAAUCGUUGUUUCAAGAUGGAUUAAUUUUUUCGUGAAUAUUGGCUAUAUUGAUAAUAUAGCUUUAAUGGUAGCAGCAUAUGUAAAAGGUUCGGAUGAUUGGGCACGAAUGCUGCGCCGAAAUAUCAUUCGGUAUUGUGUCUUAUCACAAGCACUUGUCUUCCGCGAUAUCAGUAUGCGAGUCCGGAAACGAUUUCCGACUAUCGAAGCAUUGGUUGCCGCCGGUUUUAUGAUGAAACACGAGAAGGAAAAGUACGAUGCGAUCCAAUAUCGCUAUGCUAAAUAUUGGAUGCCAUUCCAGUGGGCAUUGUCACUUUGUCAAGAAGCACGAAAUCAACAAAAAAUUUCCAGUGAUAUUUUGCUUGAAAAAGUUGGUGAAGAAAUUAAAAAGUUUCGUACGAAUUUGGCCAUUUUGUGUAACUUUGAUUGGGUACCUUUACCAAUUAUGUACCCACAACUAAUUGUCUUAGCUGUUCAUACAUAUUUUCUUGUUGGUGCUAUUGCCAGGCAAUAUAUUAUUAGUGAAAAUGCAAAGAAUAAAUCAACGUUGGAUAUAUACCUUCCGGUUAUGACUAUCAUUCAGUUUGUCUUCUACAUGGGAUGGCUAAAGGUAGGUUUAACAAUCGUCGAUGACGGAUGCAACAAAAUACCGGCAUUACUUAAAGAUGUUUUCUGGAGCGAAACCGAAAUUGAGCCUUUGUAUUCAGCGGAAUCGGCUCGUGGAGAAUAUCGACUUUCCGGUUUGACUGGUUCAACCGCAAAUGUUCAGUUAACUGAUCAAAAUAGGAAAAUUAAAAUGUUACCUUUAUCACGAGAAUUAGACAAUCAUCAUUCAAUUUCGGAACUUUUACGAAGUUCAAUGCGGCAUAGUCUGCGAUCUGGAAGAGCUGAUCAUCAUGGCGGUAUUAUGAACAUUGUUCGUCAAAAAUUUGGUAGGUCAUUAAGUCAUUCACAUUUCAAUACGAGCCAAAAUGCCGAUGAUAACAGCAACAAAACGAAUCAAACUGUGGACGAAUUGUCAGUCGUGGAAAAAGGUUACUCAAAAUGGAUAAGUAACAGUGAAAGCCGUCGAAGCAGUUUAAAUCGUGUUUUGGAGACUAUUAUCAAAGAAUCAUAUGAUAAUCCAAAUGUUAACUUAUCAGAUGAAGACUUGCCUCUUACAUUAAAGCAAACAUCGAUGAGUGAUGGACGACAUACUGGCCAUGCUGCACUGUCACAAACGUCAACGCUGUACAGACUGGAAGAUUUGGAAGAGGAAACAGAAGAUGCUAUAAGUAGGAAAAAUACCAAAGCAGAUAAUACUGCUCCUGUCACUGGCUACACUUACGUGAAUUACGUAAGGUCACCGAAUAGUGACGUACGGAUUAGUGCUGUCGAUGGAUUAUCACUGAUUGUAACUCGACAACGAAGUGUUCCAUCGAAUGAUGCAAAUUGCGCUUUUGUUCAAACAGCAAUUCGUAGGCAGAAUUCAUGUCCAGAAGUUAAUUUAGAGAAUAAAUCUUGGAUAUAA